AUGUCUGGUGUGAACUCCAUCCAAAUGAUCCCGGAAUGUGAGGUCGAGUUCCUUGAAAUCUCUUGUGAACCGUCGGUGACACUCCUGAUGGAUCGGAUGAUGGAAGAUGAAGAUGAGAGAAUGGAACUGUUCGAAGAUGAGGACUCUGAGUAUAACGAGGCGGGCUUUCUCGGAGCAUUCAGGUAA